GUGAACAUUUUGCUUAUUGUAAUUGUGUUGUCAGUUGUUUGUAAUCUGAAAUCUGGAUUUUUUGCAAAAUUAGCAGUUUUGCCAUCAGCAGAAGAACCUGAUUCCCUGUACGGUCAAGCCAUUGCACUGGAUUCCGCUGGUGUACUGUACACUGUUGGGGGUACAUCAGGGUUCCAGUACUAUAUGGAUAUUAACAGUAUUGAUCUUACCAGUAAUUCUCCGAUCUGGGAAUGUUUGUACUUUUCUGAAUCAGAUCAACAGAAACCCUUACCCAGAUACAGACAUGAGAUGUGUGUUUACAAUAACCUGUUAUAUAUACUGGGAGGGGGAACCUCUACUACAGUAUUCGGGUUCAAAACUAUUCCAACCUUUUAUCUAGUUGAGAGAGAAUGGAAAUAUACUAAAACAGAACCAGACAAAUUUGUUAUCGAUUUUUCCAACAAUAGAUUAGACGGAUUCCCGGACCCAAGGAGAUGCCACAGUGCGUUGGCGAGGGACCAUAUGGUUUAUAUAAUUGGAGGUUAUGAUGGGAACACCAUAUUUGAUGACAUCUGGAGACUGGACCUUCUCACACUUCAGUGGAUUAAGUUACGAGUUAUCCUACCUAAUCCUGUAUAUUUUCAUGCUUCAACAUUAACAAAGGAUGGACAGCUGAUCAUUUUUGGAGGUGUCGACAAUAUAGAAGAAAACAGAAGAACGGAUAAAGUUUUCUCUGUUUGGUUAGAACCUCCUUCAUUGAGAGCUAUGUGUAUGGAGGCUGUGCAGCAUUAUAUUCCCAACCUGUCCACCAUGAGCCCGGAUAUAAUUCGUGAACUCGGAAUACCAGAAGAUUGAGAGUUUGAAGAGAGGAGUUAUGAUUUAAUUCAUAAAAGAUUUCACUCCAACUUAAAUUUCCUUUAAUACUGACGGUCGGAUUAAAGAUGAACGUUAGUCAUCAUCUCAGCCUUCAACACCGUGUCUUGAUGACAAUGAUAGUGACAAAAUUAGUGAUACAGGGAAUUGGGUCAAGGCAAGGGUUUCCAGCUCAAGUAGAUUUGCUUGCGCGCAAUUGCAGGCCCUUUAUUUUCCGCGCAUUUCCGCACAAUUCCGCACAGUUUCGAGCAAUCUGCGCAACGGAAUUCCGAUUGGAAACCCUAGUCAAGGCUCUGGGCCGGACUUUAAGAUGUUGAAACAUUAGUGUUCUUACUUUAAUACACUAGUUGUUAAUUCAACCAUUGAGAAGUGAUCUGAAAUAUAUCCAGACUUUGAUUAGAAGUGUAAAAAAAGUUAACCAUCAGAUCAUGAGUAUUCAGUAGGUCAAAUACAACUCUAUGGUAUUUAAGCUGUUUCUUAAAAACAGAUUUUCCUUGCAAAAUUAAUCUAUGAUACGAAAAUUAAAUGGUUAAAUACUUAUUAACAUAUUUUAAGGGUAUUUCAAGGAACUUCUGUUUUUUCACAAUAUCUCCUUGUCACUUCUGUGUCGUUUUAGACAUCUAAUAUUUUUUUAAUCUAGAAGAAAUAUUUGU